AUGGCAAUGGCGUCUGGCCCUCCCGCCCAUGUCCAAGACACCAUUGAGGCGAUCGAGCUGCCAACAGCACAGCCAUCCUCUCCUGCCGUUGUUUCCUCGGCACACAGCAGCACUGAGGUCAAGGAGUUGGAAACGACGACUCAAGGCUCAUCCGGGCCUACCCGGCAACGGAGUAGGCUCAGGACAUUGACUGUCAUGAUCGCCCUUUUUUCCGCCCUCUUCAUCGCCGCCUUGAACACCACCAUCGUAGCCACCGCCAUCCCGACAAUCUGCGCCGAUCUUCAUUCAGCUGCCGGCUACUCCUGGAUCGGGGCCUCAUAUGUCAUCGCCACCACCGCUGUCGUUCCAAUAUGGGUGAAACUGUCCGACAUCUGGGGCAGGAAGCCGAUUCUGUUGAUGGCCGUAGCGCUAUACUUUGCCAGCUCCAUUAUCUGCGCUGUCUCGACCAGCAUGGCCAUGCUCAUCGCGAGCCGCAGUGUCCAGGGAGUAUCAGGCGGCGGUCUCGCGUCUCUUAUCAGUAUCGUCAUUUCGGACCUGUUCAGUAUGAGGAGCCGACCUCUCUUUCUCGGCCUUCUCCACGUAACUUGGGCUGUUGCCGGGGGCCUUGGGCCAGUGCUCGGCGGCGCCUUUACGCAGCUUCUCUCGUGGCGCUGGAUCUUCUGGAUCAACCUUCCGAUUUCCGGGGCAGCAUUCUGCUUGUUACUCUUAUUCCUGGACGUGCAUAACCCGAAAACCAAGCUCGCCGACGGCGUCAAAGCGAUCGACUGGGCUGGGAGCCUAUCUAUCGUCUGUGUCAUGGUCAUGGUCCUUCUCGGCCUCAACUUCGGAGGCACGGCGUAUCCCUGGGACUCGCCAAAGGUCAUCUGCCUCGUCGCGGUUGGGGGUUUGAUGGCUGUCGUGUUUCUCUUCAGUGAGAGUCGCCUCGCGCGCUAUCCAAUCAUGCCCUUAGGCCUGUUCCGCCGGAGGUCCAAUGCUGCAUGCCUUGCUAUUGGCUUUACACAGCAUUUUGUUAUCAAUGCGGCCGAGUACUAUCUUCCACUCUAUUUUCAAUCUACAAAAGAGGCCUCGCCACUCCAAUCUGGCCUUCUCCUCCUUCCGCUCAUAAUCACAGAGGCAUUUACUGGAAUUUUCGCCGGCGUCUUCAUAUACCGUGUGGGCCGCUAUAUGGAGCUCAUCUGGGCUGGUAUGGCUUUACUGACCGUCGGCAAUGGGCUGUAUAUCUAUCUCAACGCAACAUCAUCCAUAGGCUCGAUUGCCGCGUUCGAAGUUGUGGCUGGUCUGGGCGGAGGUCUUCUCUUCGAACCCCCUCUCAUCGCUCUUCAAGCCCUCGUCUCCCAAGACGACACCGCGACGGCCACAGCCACUCUCGGGUUCAUUCGCGGCAUCGGCGUCUCGCUGUCGAUCGUCAGUGGGGGAAUUAUCUUCCAGAAUGGAAUGCAACUGCGAAGACCGAGCUUACGAGACCAUGGACUGCCGACGAACCUCAUCGAGACCUUCUCGGGCCCGGACGCCGCGACGAGUAUCGACCUCAUCGCGACCAUCCCCGAUCAAGCCCAGAGGUUGGCGGUGAAGCAGGCCUUCGCAUGGAGCUUGAGGAAUGUCUGGAUCAUGGCCGCCGGCGUGGCUGCAUGUGGCCUGCUUGCGAGCGGGCUUGUCACGAAAAAGGAGCUAGCCAAAGACCACACCGAGACUCGGACCGGGAUCAAAGAGAAGAGACAGGCUGAUAGUGGCGCACUUGACGGUCAGGAAGCCGUAUCUGCUAUUGCGCGCAGCGAAGAGGCCUUUGCGUAA